CGUGGAGAGACUGUUAGGAUGCAGGAAUAUGAUAUUAUUGUGCUUGGAACUGGACUUAAGGAAUGUAUCCUGUCUGGUUUAAUGUCUCAAAGCGGCAAAAAGGUUCUUCACAUUGACAGGAAUCCUUACUACGGUGGAGAGAGUGCAGCCAUUUCUCACCUUGAGCAGCUGUACAAGAAGUUUAAGGUUCCAGGUCCUGCUCAGUCUACGGUCCAUGAAAAAGAGUGGAAUAUUGACCUCAUCCCCAAAUUUUUUCUUGCCAAUGGUCAGCUGGUGAAGAUCUUGGUAAACACUGAGGUUACUCGGUAUCUGGACUUCAAAGUCAUCGAAGGCAGCUAUGUAUACCAAGCGGGCAGAGUGCACAAAGUGCCCUGCACAGAGGAAGACGCUCAGGCUUCAGAUCUUAUGGGCAUGUUUGACAAGAGAAGGUUCAGGAAGCUGCUGCUCUUUGCCAUGAACUUUGAUGUGAGGCACCCUCGCACCUACCAGGACAUGGAUCCUCACAAAACGACCACGCGUGACCUCUUCUGCCACUUUGAUCUGGGACUAGAUGUCGUUGAGUUCAUAGGUCAUGCCAUAGCCUUACACGACAGUGAAAGUUACUUGGACCAGCCGUGUUUGGAAACCAUCACACGGAUCAAGCUGUAUUCUGAGUCUCUGUGCCGUCACAACAACAGUCCAUAUAUCUACCCUGUGUAUGGGCUGGGGGAACUACCACAAGGAUUUGCCAGACUAAACGCAGAGUAUGGGGGAACUUUCCUGUUGAACAGAGCAGUGCAAGAGAUUGUGAUGGACAACGGCAAAGUGACAGCUGUAAAAUCUGAGGGGAAGCUGUUCCACUGUAAACAGCUCAUCUGUGAUCCGAGCUACGUCCCUCACCGAGCGAGGAAAGUGGGGCGUGUGAUAAGAGUCAUCUGUUUAUUAAAUCAUCCAGUUAAAAACACCCAUGAGGCCACCUCCUGUCAAAUCAUCAUCCCCCAAGUACAACUCCACAGGAAAUCAGACAUUUACAUAUCUGUGGUGUCCUAUGCCCACAAUGUGGCCUCGGAGGGGGUGUACAUCGCCACGGUGAGCACGACUGUAGAAACCAGCAACCCAGAGAAAGAAGUUCAGCCAGCGCUGGAGCUUCUCGAGCCCAUCAUGCAAAAAUUUGUUUCAGUCCACCGCCUGCUUAUUCCCAAAGACGAUGGAAAGAAUAGUCAGAUUUUUGUGUCCCGUUCGUACGAUUCAACAAACCACUUUGAGGCAGAGUGUGAGGACAUCAAAGACAUGUAUCACCGGAUCACAGGAGCAGAGCUCUGCUUCAGAGACUCGCAGAGACACUCGUCUUACAACUCUGAUGAUGACUGAGAAAGACUCUCAACAUCAGCGCCAAAUAAUUAAACAUCUGGGAGGCCAUUAAUGACAUAAUGCAUGAUUGUAAGAUACUACUGGACAACUGUAAGGUAGAGGGUGAUAUGUAACAUGUAGAUUUGUGAGUGUACUAUGUAAAUGUUGGGUGUCCUUUUUUCCUCUAAUUUGUCCCUUUUGUGAAAUUCUCUUUUGUUUAUCCCUUUAUUUAUUUUUUUCUUCUGCUUUUACAAUGUUUUGGUAUGAGAAAAGUCAAUACUCUGUGACCAUUAAUAUAACUUUUUGCUACACAGUUUCUAGAUUUUAUUGUUUAUAUCACCACCAUAUGUUCAAAGACACAACUUCAUAAUUACUAUUCAAUAUUUUUAGCUGCCAAAUUAACUCUAUGUACUCUACUCUUGUGUUGAUGGACCUAAUUAACUAUUAAGUAACUGAAUAUUUUAUUUCUACAUGAGGUCAGUUUUUGUUUUCUCCUCCAAGCACCAGCUGGUGAAAGUAAUCAUGCAGCCCCCUGCAUGUGAACGACAUGGGAUUUAAACAUUCAGUCAGACUGUGUGCAUGUGGCACACAUGAUUAGAGAUGAUGUGCAGAGGAUUUGUGGAUUCUCUUAUCUAUGGAGCUUAUGUGCGAGGACAAAGCUGCUGAAUUAUGUCAUGUGCUGUACACGGGCAGCUUGCUGGUCGCUUGCUGGAGACAAAGGACUGACAGCGCAAAGAGGCUUAACCCGAAUGAAGGACAGUCACCAUCGACACCUCAGGAGGAGGCCUGGAACAUACUCACAC